AGCAGCCAGCAGUCAGGCCGUAGGACUACAGACGUCAGGAUGCUGCUGUCAGUGACUCCAGAUCACCCGCUCUCAGGUACGUUUACAAACCAGAAUAGUUUAGGAGUAGUUCUCCUUUAUUAACACACUAACAAUCAUAUUUUUAUUAAAAAUGUUUAAUGUAACGAUCUAUUUGUAUUUUUUCCAUUCAUUUUAAGAAGGAUAAGGAUUACUAUGUUGGGUUGCUAUUGCUUUAUAUUAAAGAAAUAGGAACCCAACAAAAAUUCAUUUUUUUUAAAUUUCUAGGUCUAUUUUUAUAAACGUAAUCCCAAUGAGGUAUGCUUCAAUGCAUCUUUAUUGAAGUAAAUGCAUUAGUGUUUGUGAUCAUUGACACUUGUUGUCAGUAUAGGCUGGGCGACUACCAUGAGGAUCAUGUCGAUACAAUCUAGCUUUCGAGGCUUGUUUUAAGUUGCCUGCGACUGUAUUUGAACACAGGCAGCUAAAGCAAGUCUGGUAUGCCAGAGACACACCUACUUGGAUCUGUCAGUCAGCGAGAUCACACAGCGAGAGACAUCAGACUGCACCAGAGCUCCAGUCCACCAGGCCCCAUGUCUACUGGGCUUAGCGACUCUACAGAACCACUACGAGUGGUUCUAGGAUUAAUCUAGAUAUUGUGCCACUUAACUAAAUGUAUUAUAGACUCAUGUUUCGCUGGAGUAGGCAUUUAGUCCUUAAGCUGGAGUCAAAGUUAUUCUUUCUUUACUUUUACAUUUUGGUAGACCUACAUUCAAACGCAUGCAAUAAUUUAUAUAACCUGACCUUUUUUCUAAAACAAGUUUCCAUGAACAAACUGACUGAGCCUGCAGCACAUAUGUCCACAAUUUCCACACAAUGUCUACGAUGUCUCUAGUCAGAGGAAGGAUAAGAACAUACAUGAGUCUUCAGGCCUCGAAGCACCGAGCAGGCCGCCACGGAGACGGCUUGCUGCGGACAAAAGGGGAACACACCGCAGGUUGAGUGAGUCCCAUUGCACGUCCCAUAGUCCUCCUCUGCGCCUGCGUGAGAGGAGAUAACUUUCCUGACAAGCAGGGGGCGGUAGUCUGCAGCCAUCUUUCAGAAGGGACACAGGAGGACCUGCGGGUAUAGACCAAUCAGCGUGGACCGCCGCACCCUCCCUGAGACGCUUUGUUCAAACCCUAGUCUGGGAGCGACUCGGCGACACCUUACUACAUGGUUACUUCUACUGCUGCUGAUCAUCUGAAACGGAUCACUCGAGAAACAUAAGUAGUGAAGCACACACAAACACUGUUAGGCCUACUACAGGAAGAACGACACUUCUCAGUUCAAUAAACCUGGACAUUAAAAUAUUUUUCAAUGUGGAAACUACAUAAAAACUAGACUAAAAAAGCCAAGGAAGAAUUUUCAAUUUAGUUUUAAUCGGUUGAGUGUUUAAGCAGUAAACGAUGAAACAGCAGCAUAAAGGCCUAUAGUGUUCUUUAGGUUUAUGAAAUGAUACGGUCCAAGUUAUGUCCCCGCUAAUUUCAUUCAUUCGUAUACUUCAUUAAAGUCACUGUUUAUGCGCAUAUAUCAUUCAAACAAGACAUCGUUUUCUUUAAGAAUUUUUUUUUUUGGAAUAAUACCAUCCUCGGUAUAACACGGUCUGGGAACACCGCGAAUCCGCCGAAAGUCAAGAGGCCCCAAUGAACGCGUUUCAGCGACGGUUCAGCGUGGUCCGUCGGCCCGCUGUGUCAGGGCCUUCAGCAGCCCCUUUGACCUUUGACCUUUGUUUAGCCACUUGGCCUGUGGGAACUUUAGGAAAACAGUGGCUCCUUUUUUUCAUUUGUAUACUGACAAGGCUUCAUGUAAGUUAACGCAUUUUUUAUGAAUAUUUUUUUUCCUGAUAAAUAUUAUCAUUAUUAUUAUAAUAAUUUAUUAUAUCGGCAAAUUGCUGUAGAUGUAAUUUCAGGAAAAAAAUUAUGAAAAUUGUGCCCAUCUUUUUGUCCUUACAUGUCUGUAUGCUGACAAUAAAGUAAUACAAUCACAUUUGGUUUAUGUGCUUCGUUUUUUGUGCUGCAUAUCCAAAUCGUGUUGAAUACAGACGAUUUUGUAUCCCUCUUAUUCACAAGGAGUGUAAAAGCAAGGUUAUGUGCGUGCGACCAUCGUUGUUCUGAUAUAUGUUAUAUGCAAUAUAAUAACCUUUUUUCUUUUUGCAUAAUAAGACAUCCACGUCCGCCCACGUGUGGUCGUGGGCAUAUCGACGACGACGCGAGGUCCUGCUGUUACAAUAAGCCCAUCCUGCCUUAUUGAAGCUAUAUAAUAUAUAUAUAACCUUUAACACACAAACAGACGGUCCAAAUGUUCUGUUUUCUCAUGCGCACUGGGGCGUGUAUUUAAGGUAAAUAUGCUUUUUACCCCCUACAUGAAACGAGUCUUUGUUGUUUGCCGAGAGGUAAAGAGGUGGAAAAGUGAGCAGGAUCUGAACUGGUUUCCAUGUCAAACACUUCAAUUCACCAUAGAAACGGAGAUCUUAACGCGGAAACUUUAUUAAACUGUGAUGGCGCAUUGAUAAGGCCCAAUCCUAUCGGCUCUUUUUAUUGUGAGCACCGGGCGCCCUGACAGAGGUAAAUUGCUCUUUUAAUUAAAGCAAUGCACCAGGGGAAAUUGCUGUCUGAAUAUUGUCUCAGAGAUGGGGGCCAGUGACAGUUGCCUAGAAACUUCCAUCUGUCCACCGCCUUUAUUCCAGAUCUCAGUUAUGAGAUAAAGUUUAAUAAAAAUCUUUACCCACCACCACCGAAAUGAAAUCCCAGCCGUCGUGACUCGUGAGCAUCCCAACACAAUGAGACAGGACUGCGGAGGACAGCUCAUGUUCAACAUGUAUCUCUCAGACCCGACAGAGAAUCUGUUGAAGGAAAGCAAAGGAACGCCCUGGGCUCCGAUCAACACCGGAGUCCAGAAAGGCAGCGGGCAGAUCCAGCUUUGGCAGUUCCUGCUGGAGCUGCUGUCGGACAGCGGCAACAUGGCGUGCAUCGCCUGGGAGGGCACCAAUGGGGAGUUCAAGCUCAUGGACCCCGACGAGGUGGCGCGGCGAUGGGGGGAGCGCAAGAGCAAGCCCAACAUGAACUACGACAAGCUGAGCCGCGCGCUGCGCUACUACUACGACAAAAACAUCAUGACCAAGGUGCACGGCAAGCGUUACGCCUACAAGUUCGACUUCCAUGGCCUUGCGCAGGUGUGCCAGCCGUCAACCACGGAGCAGGCCAUCUACAAGUUCCAGAGUAACUUCGCUCCGAUGCCCUUCUCCGGGAUCUCCAAGCUGAACCUCGUUGCCCCUGGCAUGGGACCCGGGUCUGGGUUCUCGUACUGGGCGGGCUCGCCCCCCGCGGCGCUGUACCACAGCCACAGCCUGCCACCCCCCGCAGGGCCCUUCGGACCCGUGUCCGCCGCGCACAUCAGCUGCGUCAACAGCAUCAGCGGCCUCUCCAACGGGCACUACAACUGACUGACCCUCCAGCGAGCCUACUGGGAGAACCAGGUGGUUCGGUUUGAUUUGAUUUGAUUGAAUGAAGAACACUAUCGACGUUUAGGAUAGGUUUUGUACCCUAUAAUGCAUGUGAGGAUAUAUCAAGAGUUUGUUAAUCAGGCCCGUUUUCCGCUCAUUGAACAAAUAUAGAUAAAAUUGGCUAACGCAGAAAGCAUUGUCAGGUCGCGACGCCUUUCCUGUCUUCAUCCUUCAUUAUUAUCCUUUAUCCUCGUGUAUUGCGAGGCUUGAUGUGCACACCAUCCCCAUUAAUAGCGCCCUCCCAUGGUUCACUUCGUUAGGCUAAACACAUUUAUUGGAUUUAGAUUUCUUCCUGAUUUUGAAUGAAUAACAAUUCGUCUCAACUAUCCAUGAAAUGUUAAGGAAUGUUAGUCUUAUAAUACAUUGCGGUAAUAGAAUGUGAACGCCCAAAUUUAUGAACUAAUUGAAACGUAAAUUAAUUAAUAGCUGGCAUAGGCCUAUAGCCCCUACUUUAUACGGCCGAGGUUGAAUCUGAAACAUUUUAUCUGGUCGAUUAGGAUUACAAUGUAUGCCUAUUUAUUUUAUGAAAAUACAGCAGGAAAGCAUGCGUAAGAUGUGAUUUGCCCUAGAGACCAUUUAAAAUAAACGUUUUAUUUACCCAA